UGUCUUACACACCUCUGAAACCGAUUUGUAAGAUAAGACUUCUUUCGCUUUAAGAGGUGUCGUGCGCGCGUGUGGCUUGUAUGUGUGAGAGCGAAAGAAUUUGAGACAGUGAUUGUGUAUGAGACAGACGAAGAGAGAGAGAGCGAGCCGCAUUAAGUUCGCUGAAGAAGGGGGAGUCAGUCAGGGAGUUACGUUAGUGAGGAAGGCACCGGAGGAAGAGAGGAGGGGAAAAGGAAAGACAAAACCACACGGGAUAUAAGAGAGAUUUGAAUUUAAGAAACAAUAUAUUUUCUACUUUUACUCGUUAUCAUUACAGCGGAACAGAUUAACUUUUCAGAUGUCCACUUUUAAAAAGCAUUUUAGUAAUUGGUUAAUAUAGUUGCUAUUAAAGUGUUUCUUAUUCAAAGGAGCAGUGAAGAAGAUCAAAAUUACAAACGUUUCCAACAGUUUUCUCACAGAGGACGAAGGAAAGCACGAGGCUGGAAGAAGAGCGUUUGGAAGAAAAAUAACGGGUUUACUCUGUAAUUAUUAGUCAUUUUUCUAUACUAACCUGAAGCUUAUCACACACAUUUUUUAUAGACAAAGACACGACUGUGUAAAUAUUCAAAUAUAUAUUUGGUAUUUUUCCUAGUAAAAAUAUUAAUUUAACGGUACUGCCAAAUGCCAUGCGUUAAGGGGACAAUAGCAGAUUGCUUUGUCAGAUUUUAAAAAACCCCAGCGCAGCUAACAAAUCCGGAGACGAAAUACUGUGUUCAAAUUCACACUUGGAGCUUGUGGAAGAAAUCGGUGGACUAUGGCGGCGGUAACAAGCCCAGAGUCAAGCCCACAACCCCGAGUGUAUUUCCAGACGCCUCCCGGUACCGAGGAGAGCGAACCACCGGUUCGGAAACAAGGACGAGUGACCGUGAAAUAUGACCGAAAGGAACUUAGAAAGAGACUGAACCUGGAAGAAUGGAUUAUUGACCAGUUAACGGAUCUUUACGAUUGCGAGGAGGAGGCAAUCCCGGAGCUCGAGAUUGACGUCGACGAGCUGUUGGACAUGCCCAGCGAUGGGGACCGUGCCUCCAGGGUCAAGGAAUUGCUGGUAGACUGUUACAAACCUACUGAUGACUUUGUGGGUGAGCUCCUGGACAAGAUUCGUGGGAUGCAGAAACUCAGCACACCCCAAAAGAAAUAAGAGACACCCCCUCCCUCCCAGCCCCUAGCGUCUGAUGCCUUGAAAAUCUGUGUUCCUGAGAGGAGGGCAGGCAGGAGGGUAGGCGGGGCUUCAGCAGUAGUACCCAUACCUUCUGGGCUGGGUGGAAUAAAGGAAGAGAGGACCUCCCCUGCUGGUCUGCUCCUGGCUGCAGGGUUCAUUUCCCUCUAGUCUCUUUGUUUCUAUUGUUUGCAGGUUUCAAGCGUGUAGACAUAUUUCUAUCUCUAUAUAUCUGCAUACUAUACGUAUGUGUAUGGACUUAUGCAUAAUGUAAUAUAGUGUGGCGGUAUUAGGAUGUGUUGUAAUGGGAGCUGGUUUCUGUCUAAGUAUGGCCACAGCACUAUGCUGUGUGCUGUGUGCAAGGCAGUCGUCUCUUUAUUUAUUGGUUCUCUUUUUCUUCUUGAAUGGCAGGCAGUUAAGGGCUCAUAAAGGAAUGCUGAUUAGUGCAUUGAUGAUAGGCUAAUGAAUUCAGAGCAGGGGCAAGUGUUUGGUUGAGAAACGCAAAAUGUCCGGAAAUGUGUAGCAUACUCCCAUCCAACCCCCACCCUGCCACCAUGCCCCUCAGGGACUGUGGAAAAGUAUUUGCCAAAUGUAGCUACGCCUUCAGUCACCCAGACCUCAGAGUCUGGUCCCUCACAUUUAACAGAAAGAAGCGUCACCAAGCACCUCUGUUCAUUUUAAAACACAACCACCUCUCAGAAACAGCUUCAGUUGACCUGUUAAUAUUGCGCUCAUGUCUCACAGACUGGACCCACCCCUUUGAGAGGUGCUGUGACAUGAUGUCAUAUUCUUACACCCAGCGUGAACUGGGAGAGGGUUUCACAGCCCCCUCACUGCUGUUUGAGGUCUAAAUCACGUCAAGUGCAUGAUUCAGUUUGGCAGUGGAGCAAACUAAGAUAUGUAAAACUCAUGCAGCAGAGGGAUAUAGUGGUCAUGCUUCCUGAAUGAAAACACUGCAUACAUGUUAAUACAUAAUAGUACAUAUGCAGAUAUUAUAAAGAAUGUAUCCAUGUCUCUCAGUGGGGUAAAUAUGGACACACACACCCGACUAGUGGCCGACAACAACCUAUCACUGUGGUAUGUCCCACAUAGGCUGGUGUCACCUGCAGCUCAUGCCUGUCAUUCCUGAUACAUGAGCCACAGGAGUGAGUAUUUAUCAAAGACAUACUGGUUAUACCAUGAGACCAUCUCGACCCAUCGCGUGUGUGUAGCCCCAGGUUUAUACCUGUAAGUUAGCCAGUUUCAUGUAUUUCAGUCCUUAUGCAUACUGGACAUUAAAACUGACUUUGCUGUCAUUUUACAAUGUUUCAAUGUAUGGAUAAUAGUAAAUAUACAUGAAACUACCAAUAUACUUAUCCAUGUACAUGUAUACAUGUCAGUAAGGGUCACUAAAAAUGAAUCAUCAUUAAGGCUACAUGCUGAAACUGUCAUGACUGGCAACACUGCUCUGACACCAACAAACAUCUACUUAAUUGUAGUGGAAGUCUUCAAUGUCUGAAACGUUAAAGUGGACAUGAAACAGCCUAAUUUUGACGAGUUUUGUACAGAAUUAAGUGUGUUGGAAUUUGUUUUGAGAAAAUUUUAGAUAUAAAAUGAUUACACGUUAAAUUAUAAUAGAUUUAUGUUUGGGACUAACUUAUGCUUUCACUCUGGCUCGCCGCCAUAUUGCCGUUGUGUAAUUGACUACGUCAUGAGGUUGGUUAGUUGGAAAGUUGACCUAGGAAGACAGCCGUUGCGGCGGUGGUACGUAGAAUUUCGAGAGAAACUUGCUUGUUGUUCGAGAGAAAAAUAAUUUUAAAAAUCAAUAAAAUCAUUUUUAAAUCAAUAUUUUGUGUCAAAUUAUUGAUUUUUUUUAGUAAAUAGCCGUGUAAUAAGUGUAUAAUGUACAACUUUGCGUCAGGGUCCUGCAUCACCCCUUCGGGGUUUAUUUCACAAUAAUGACCAGCUCGCUGUACAUUAUCCCUUACAUAUUAUCUAAUCAUUAUCUUGUUGACUAGAUGGCUGUGCUUUGACGAGAAAAGAGGUAACAUAACCCCGGUCAUACCUCUCUCUGCUCUGCCAGAUGGGCGUGCUGUUGGGCCCUUUCCUCACGGCGCACAGCUACUUCUUUGCUAUUAGAGUGGGUUGGACGGUCUGUAUUCCCAAUCUUCUAAGAGGAAAAAUCAAACACAGUGGGAGCAGCCUCGGACAUCAGCUUGUUGGUCUGAUGAACCACCAGUACGCCUGACUCUCGUCCACAUCGUCCUCGUUUACAAAGUGCUCGCUACAAACCCUAGCAUCACGGCUAACUGGGGGAUUCUUUCGUUUCAGUGCAUCUAGCCAACGAUAAAGAACCGCUUGCUGCUUAAGAGGCAAAGUAUGAAAGUGGACAAUCUUUCUUCGGUUUUUGACUCUAUAAAAUUCAUUGCUGCAUCCAGGGGCAAUACAAAAGUGACCCCCCUUGCAUUGCUUUUUAGUUUGCAUUGCAUUUGCAUUGCUUAUUUUCCAUUGAGUCAGUGAUUGUCAGUGCUGUCACUAGUUAGCUAAUGUGAACUAAUGUAGAAUUUCCAAGACAACCAACCUCAUGA